AUGACGGUCGGCUGGCCGCUGCUUGGGGCAUACCGCUUGCUGAAGUCUGCGCUGGUCUCCGUGCUGGGCCUUUUGGUUGUCACAAGCCCUGGGACCCACGAGUCGUGGCUGCUCAGCGACAGCGCACACUUUUAUUACCUUCACAUACUGCGGGUGGAGCGCUUCCGUCAGGAGGUCGAGGAGGGGGCGCACCGAAACGCACACCUCGGUUGCAGGUCGCACGCCUGGGACUGCUUCUCCUAUAACUGCAGGCUGUGGGGCAUCGUCGUGUCAGCAAUGCUCGUGUACUUCGUCAUGCAGUUGUUUUUCGGCAUCGAGACUGCUCCAGCCUUGGAGGACGCCGGUUCUUUGUUUUCAAUUGCUCCAGCCUUGGAGGACGCCGGUUCUUUGUUUUCAAACGACCAAGUGUGA